UCAUAUUUUGGUAUCACGCGUGAUGCACAUCAAUUUACAUGACACGCCGAACACAUAUUUUGAAAUGACAAGCCACACACAUGACGUGCUACGUACAUGUUGUGAUGCGCUUCACAUUGUGGGGUUAGGGUUAAGUCUACAAUAUGUAAAACACUGAACAAGCAGGGUAUCCAUGGCGGACACCACAAAGGAAGCCACUGCUUACUAAAAAGAAGAUUGCUGCACACCUGAAGUUUGCAAAAGAGCACAUUGACACUCCACAGCGGUAUUGGCAAAAUGUUUUGUGUACUGAUGAAACUAAGAUUGAACUAUUUGAAAAAAAAAAAAACACAGCGCUACAUCUGGUGUAGAAAGGGCACGGCAUAUCAUCAUGAAAACAUCAUCCCAACUGUAAAGUGUGGUGGAGGAAACAUCAUGAUUUGGGCCUGGCCAGCUUGCAAUCAUUUAGGGGAAGAUGAAUUCCCAAGUAUAUCAGACAAUUCUUCAGAAUAAUGUGAGAAUGUCUGUACGUCAGCUGAAAAUGUUUAGAAGGGGAGUUAUGCAGCAGGACAAUGACCCAAAACACAGGAGUAAGUCCACAACAGAAUGGCUUCUGAAAAACAAAAUCCACCUUUUGGAGUGGCCAAGUCAGAGCCCAGACCUCAACCCAAUAGAGAUGCUAUGGAUUGACUUGAAGAGGGCCAUACAUAUCUGAAGACAUCUAAAGAAUAUGACAGAGCUAAAGCAGUUCGGAAGCAGGAAGAAUGGGCUAAAAUUUCUCCUCAAUGAUGUGCAGGUCUGAUCCACAGUUACAGUAAGCGUCUGGUUGAGGUUAUUGCUGCCAAGGGAGGGAGGGUCAACCAAUUUUUUAUUCUAAGGGUUCACUUACUUUUUCCACUGCCAUUUUGAAUGUUGAAUGAGUGUGUUCAAUAAAGACAUGAAAGAUCAGAAUUUUUUGUGUAAUUAUUUUUAGACACAUUAUGUUUGUCAUUACCCUUGACUUUUUAUGUCAGAUUUAUUCAGAAAACCAUGAAAUUCCAAAAGGUUCACAUACUUUUUCUUGCCACUGUAUAUGCGUGAUUAACACAAAUCUACCAAAGUACACUUUCAUUACAUCAAUAAAGGAAGCCAUAUGUUUUUGGACAGAGACAAACAGCAAACACUUCCAAGGUGGAGCUCUCCCCUGAGGAUACUGAUGUGCAUUAAUAAACGCCAAGGGAUAUUAGAAAGACCUUGUUCACAGCUGCUUUAGUUACCACUAUUCCAGUGCCCUUUCCACCCAAUUUUACAGUCACCCGAUAUCCCAUUCACCAGCAAACAGUUUUAUCAAACCAAAGAUUCAAUAGAUAUUUGAGUUCAAGGUACUCUUUAUGAAUCAAAGACUGUGGCAUCAAAUUGAAGUGCUAUUGAAAGCUUUUGGGUCAGACAAGUUUUGUCAUGUUAUUGUUUUUGUUGUUGGGUAUAGUUAGUGUACAAACAACACCACAAAACCCUGUGGAGAGAUGCGGUUACACUAUAAAAGCAAAGACAAUAUCUUCAGCUUCUUUAGUACUGUUAAGCGGUUAUUGGGAUUAUUACUGCCCAGGAUUGAGCUUUCCAUGCUCUGGGUGAGUUAAACCAAUCUUAUGUUUGUUUUUGUUUAUGGCUGGAAGUCAUAUAUGAUAUAUUUUAGGCUGUAUGUAAUACACAUACAGUCCCUUUGGAUAUUUUGAAGAAAGACCAUAUAUUUUUUCUUCUCAAAACGCAACCUAUAGCACUGCAUCACAUCUAAACUAUUGCAUGAUAGAUACCUUUAUUAACUGUUUGUUCUGUAAAACAUUUUACUAGUCUAUUAACAUUUACUCAAGUCAAAAAGUGACAAAACUCAGCCGUUGGGUUACCAUGUUUAUAUUUUACACAUUGCGUGUUGGGUUCAUCCCUGUUUGACCCAAUGCUGAGUGUAGUCUAUGCGUCAUUUUUUGACCUCCAUGUGUCCUCUGUGUUUUAGAUCCCUCAAACAUGAAGAAAUGUUUUGAAUUCAUUUUGCUCCUAAUCAUCUUAACCCUUCAAGGAUCACUGCAGCAGAGAAUCAUUGGAGGACAGGAGGUUCAGCCCUAUUCCAUCAAAUAUCAGGCCUCUGUUCAGUACAACAACUAUCAUUACUGCGGUGGGACUCUCAUACACCCACAGUGGGUGGUUUGUGCUGCCCACUGCUGGAGGCCGAAUUAUUUAAUCCGAGUGGUUCUGGGUGAACAUGACCUCUCCAUAAAAGAGGGCUUUGAGCAGGUGUUCAAUGUGUCGAAAGUGCUGGUCUAUUACAUGUAUAACUACAGGACAUUUGAUAGUGACCUCAUGCUCUUGAAACUGGAGAAGCCGGCAGAGCUCAAUGCUUAUGUUCAGCCAGCAGUAAUGCCGGUCUCAAGCAGUCCUACCUUACUAGGGGGCACAACAUGCACAGUGAGCGGCUGGGGCGUCACACAGGUGUACAGUUAUUACCUGUCACCUGUCCUUCGCGCCGUGGACGUCCUCAUCAUCCCUCAGUGUCAAUACUACUAUUACUACAGAAUAACAGACAACAUGGUGUGCGCUGGCUAUCCGUUUGGUGGAAAGGAUUCCUGCCAGGGCGACUCUGGUGGUCCUCUCAUCUGUAAUGGUUUGUUUGAGGGUAUUGUGUCCUGGGGCAUCAGUUGUGCCAACCCGUUCUUCCCUGGAGUCUACACUAAAGUCCGCAACUACAUCUCCUGGAUCAACUGGAUAAUUAAUAAUGACACCGGAGUAUGA